UCGCACUUUAUUUAUCUAUGAUGUUUUACUUGCACGUGGUGAUGUUAUUAAAAGGAAAGGGUUGUUUAGGGUUUUUAAGUGUUCAAGAGAGUUCGUCUGUUCACAGCGUUUCUGUAUUAUUAGACAACUGAGCAGUAUGUCACGUCCGGAGCAUCAGGCACCGCCGGAACUGUUCUACAAUGAAAGUGAAGCAAGGAAAUAUUCAGAAAACACGCGGAUGGUGGAGAUCCAGCUGCAGAUGUCGGAGCGCGCGCUGGAGCUGCUGGCUCUGCCCCCGGGCCCCUGCCUCGUCCUGGACCUGGGCUGCGGCUCUGGGCUCAGCGGCCACGUGCUGGAGGAGGCCGGCCACCUGUGGGUGGGCGUCGACAUCGCUCCGGCCAUGCUAGGGGUGGCCGUGGAGCGAGGCGCGGAGGGGGACCUGCUCCUGGGCGACCUGGGCCACGGCGUGCCGUUCCGGGCCGGGGCGUUCGACGCCGCGCUCAGCGUCAGCGCGCUGCAGUGGCUCUGCAACGCCGACCGCAAGUCCCACAACCCCGUCAAGCGGCUCUACAAGUUCUUCAGCACGCUCUACGCCAGCCUGAGCCGAACCGCCAGGGCAGUGUUCCAGUUCUACCCGGAGAACAACGAGCAGGUGGAGCUGAUCACGGCCCAGGCGAUGCGGGCGGGCUUCUUCGGCGGGGUGGUGGUGGACUUCCCCAACAGCACCAAGGCCAAGAAGUUCUUCCUGGUGCUGAUGACAGGGGAGAGCGCGUCGGCGCUGCCGUCCGGCCUGGGCGAGGCGGAGCAGCAGGCGGGCCGGCAUCAGGUCCAGUUCGCGAGGAAGGCGGGCGGCAGGGGCGACCCCCUGCGGGGCACCAGGGGCAGGCUCGCCAAGAAGAGCAAGGCGUGGAUCAGGCAGAAGAAGCAGCGGUGGGCACGGCAGGGCAAGGAGACGAGGCCCGACUCCAAGUACACCGGGCGGCACAGGAGCGGGAGGUUCUGAGCUCGCCCCCGCCGAACGAACACUUGUAAACGUAUUUUUCAAUAUAGACUCGCUAAUUUUUUUAAA